AUAUCAACCUUAACUCUCCCAACAAAGGUCUGCUGUCAGAUACGAUGACGGAUGUGCCCGUGGAUAACGCCAGCAGCGCCGCCGCCGCCCCUCCGAGACCCCCUUCCUACAACGGGCUCACCGAAGCUGAGGAAGAGGAGUUAAAAGCCGAGUUGGUCAAGGUGGAAGAAGAAAUUGGCACCCUGCGCCAGGUCCUGGCCGCCAAAGAGAGACACUGCGGGGAGCUGAAGAGGAAGCUGGGCUUGACCCCCUUGGACGGGCUGAAGCAGAACCUCUCGAAGAGCUGGCACGACGUCCAGGUCUCCAACGCAUACGUUUCGGCCAGCAGCACACUGGAGGACUGGAAUGAGAAAUUAACCCAAUCAGAAGCCUACAAGAAGACGCAGGAGACGCUGUCGCAAGCGGGCCAGAAGACUUCAGCCGCCCUUUCCAACGUGGGUUCCGUCAUCAGCCGGAAACUGGGAGACAUGAGGAACUCUGCAACUUUCAAGUCUUUCGAAGACCGUGUUGGAACCAUUAAGUCCAAAGUGGUGGGCAGCAGAGAGAACAGCGUCGACGAGCUACACUCCCCAUCGGCCUCUGGCGACAAGCCCGCCCAGGACAACGCCCCUUUCUAAGGCCGCCCGCGCAGUGCCCGGCUGCCAGAGCCCCGCCCCCUUGCUCUUCUCAACACGCGAGACAAAAAGAAAAUAAAAGUGGGUCCCCCCCGGUCCCCCCUCGGAAGAAAGAGAUCCACACACCUUAGCGCCGCCAUUUCCUCGCUGCUGGGUUCUCCAGGUCCAAUAAAGUGAGCGCCCAGUGUGUUUUGUACACGAUAUAUCUGACACUAAAGGGGUUCUGGGUAGGACGCACCGCGAGCGGCUCUCCUCAAAAGUAUAGCAGCACAGCAUUGUGGGGAUUCUACACGUUUUGGCACCAGAGGCCUGCUUCAUUCUCUGCCCCCUUCCCCGCCCCCUCCGCAGGCAGGCCGGAUUUUGUCUCUCUAAGCAAUGUG